GGCUUGACUGAGAAUACGCGGAGUCACCGAAGGCGGAACAAAACCUCUCGAUUUCUCAGAACCGUACUGAUUUCAAAUGUAGGGAAAAAAGCGAAGAAAAUUUCACGAUUUCUUUCAGAUUUGAAUUGGUCACCGGGAGUGAUCAAUCGAAGGUUCUCAACAAUCGGCGCCUGAACAGUGAAAUGGCGAACGAAUGCUGCGAUUUCCGGUUCCUUCUGAUCGUCGCGGCUGUCGCCUUCAUUUACCUACAGUUGCGGCUUUUUUCCACACAGUCGGAAUACGCCGAUCGCCUUGCUGCUGCUGUUGAGUCUGAAAACCACUGUACAAGUCAAAUGCGAUUACUCAUUGAUCAAAUUAGCAUGCAGCAGGGACGCAUUGUUUCCCUAGAAGAAGAAAGGAAACACAAAGAAGAAGAGUGUACACAACUUAAGGCUCUUGUAAAAGAAUUUGAAAGGAAAGGCCUUCAAAGAAUGAUUAAUAAAGAACAGGUGCCUGUGGCAGCAGUUGUGAUUAUGGCAUGUAAUCGUGCAGAUUACUUGGAGAGGACAAUUAAGUCUGUUUUAAAAUAUCAGAGCGCUGUUGCUUCAAAAUAUCCACUUUUUGUAUCCCAGGACGGGUCCAACCAGGAUGUUAAAAGUAAGGCCUUAAGUUUUGAUCAGCUGUUGUACAUGCAGCACUUGGAUUCUGAGCCAGUACACACGGACAGGCCAGGAGAGAUGAUUGCAUACUACAAAAUCGCACGUCAUUACAAAUGGGCAUUGGAUCAGUUGUUCUAUAAGCAUAAUUUCAACCGAGUAAUUAUACUUGAAGAUGAUAUGGAAAUUGCCCCUGAUUUUUUUGAUUACUUUGAGGCUACAGCCACUCUUCUUGACAAGGAUAAGUCCAUUAUGGCUGUUUCAUCAUGGAAUGACAAUGGACAAAAGCAGUUUGUGCAUGAUUCUUAUGAACUUUAUCGGUCAGAUUUCUUUCCAGGACUUGGAUGGAUGUUGACUAAAUCUACCUGGGAUGAGCUGUCACCUAAGUGGCCAAAAGCUUAUUGGGAUGACUGGUUGAGAUUGAAAGAGAAUCGCAAAGGUCGACAAUUUGUUCGUCCAGAAGUGUGCAGAACAUAUAACUUUGGAGAGCAUGGUUCUAGUAUGGGGCAGUUUUUCCAUCAAUAUCUUGAACCUAUCAAAUUGAAUGACGUCCAGGUUGAUUGGAAGGCAAGGGAUUUGAGCUACCUGAUGGAGGACAACUAUGUGAAACAUUUCACUGACAUGUUGAAAAGGGCAAACCCUGUCCAUGGAAAUGAUGUUCUUCUAAAAGUACGUAAUAUAGAUGGGGAUGUGCGUAUUCCAUACCAAGACCAGUCAGACUUUGAACGCAUUGCGAGCCAGUUUCAUGUUUUUGAAGAAUGGAAGGAUGGUGUGCCUAGGACUGCAUAUAAGGGAGUUGUUUUUUUCAGAUACCAAACAUCAAGACGUAUAUUCCUCGUUGGUCCAGAUUCUUUGAAACAGCUUGGCAUUGCCGAUGCUUGACAUCAAAUGAGUCAUCUUCAUGAAAAGUUUUCACGGAGAAAUUGCUUGCAUACUGGGUAGAGACCGAAAAAGAGGCCAAGGAAUUUCCUUAUGAAGUGUUUGCAAGUCAGAUAUGAGCAGAAGUGAUUCUUGAUGAGAUAAACAAAGAGGUGACAGCAGUUGGGAGAUGAGAUUUUCUUGACUUGGACAACUCUCCUGGAUUUUCUAAUUGUAGUAUUUACCUGGAAGUUAGUGUAGCAAAUAGCAAUUAGAUAUAUGAUUUUUAUAACGUCGGAAUUAAACAAAUGGGUAUCUUUGAAUUGUUUAAGGAUGAUUUUAAGAGUAAAAAAUAUUUAAGGACGAAAAUGAA